CAGGAGCAGGCGGCAGCUGUAGCAGUGGCGGUGGCGGUGGCAGAGGCAGAGGCAGAGGCAGAGCGGGCGGCUGCGGCGCGGGGGCGGCGGCGGCGGCUGCGGCCCAGGCGGACGGACGGACUGGCGGACUUAGGCUGGCAGGCGCCAGGCCCACACCUUCUCCAUGGACCCCACCGGCAAACCCCGGGGAGCUGCCAACCUGGCUGCGCCGCGAGAAGACGUAGCCCUGACCCUGAACCCCGAGAACAUUAAAAUCUCCGAGGUGGAGAUGGAGUGCUACUACUCUCUGCUGCAAACGGCGGCCCUAAUCGAGUCCAUCGCUACAAAGAUGACACUUCCUGUCUUUGCUAAGGACAUCAAUGAUUUCUUGAUCAAGGAAAUGGCCUUCCUUUCUGGUGGCCGAGGGAAAUGCAAUGACUGGAUUAUAACAUUGCCAGAAAACGCCAGUUUCAAAGACGUGCCAGAGGAUGACUUAAAGAAAGUGUUAACUUACUUGACUUCCCUUCCUAGACAAUAUGAAUCAGACACCCGAUUUACCCUUAUUCUCGACAGAAGAUUGGACACCUGGGCAUCUGUGAAAAUAUCUCUCCAAAAAAUUGCAGCCUCUUUUCCAGGGAACUUGCAUUUGGUUAUGGUCUUGCGGCCCACAGGCUUUAUCCAACGUACUUUUACAGACAUCGGCUUUCGCUUCAGUCAAGAUGAUUUCAUUCUCAGAUUGCCGGUUGUGAUGCUGAGCUCUGUCAGUGAGUUACUGAGUUACAUUGACGAGAAGCAGUUAACCCCUGAAUUUGGAGGCACCCUGGAAUACUGUCACAGUGAAUGGGUUAUCUUCAGAACAGCUAUUGAAAACUUUGCCCUUACUGUGAAGGAUAUUGCACAGAUACUGCAGUCCUUUGGGACAGAGUUGGCUGAAACAGAAUUGCCAGAUGACUCUUUCUCCAUUGAGCAACUAUUGACAAUCCGCACCCAAAAAUACUUUCAGUUGAAGGAAGAGAUAAUCAGUGUUAUGAAAGAAGGCAACAUGCUGCUAAGGACCUUUGAAGUGCCUCACACCAAAGACUCCAAGGAAUGUUCUAAAGAGAAAUGUGGAGAUUGGGAAACUGUUAAAAGAUUACUUGCUCAAUUGCAUGAGAUGGAAGUGGCUUUUGAUGACUUUUGGGACAAGCAUCAACUCAAGAUGGAUCAGUAUGUCCAGCUGUGGAAAUUUGAGCAGAAUUUCGUAGAGCUUAAGGAUGCUAUAGAAUUCUUGAUGAACCAGCAAGCUGCUGUACCCAGUACUGGAAACAGCCCAGCAGAUGUGAAGCAAAGGCUCACGGAGUUGGGGACCUUGGAUGAGAUGGCUAAGGAGUUGAUUGGAAAGGCCCAGCUUGUGAUACUACACGGGCACCAGCUUGCAGCCAGUCACCACUAUGCAGUUGAGUUAAUCUGCCAGAGGUGCAAUGAGUUAAGACACCAAACAGAUGUAUUGUCUGAAGAGCUGAAAGCCAAAGACAAGAAGCUCACCAAGACCUUGGAACUCCAGAACCGGCUGCGUCAGGCUCUCCUGUGCUGUGAUGAGGGGGCCUAUCUCCUUGCUAAUCAGCCGAUGGAUAAAUGCCAGGCAAAAGAAGGUGCUCAGAGAGCUCUUUAUGAAAUCGAGAAGUUCCUUGAUGUGACUCUCCCCAAUUUAAAGUAUGAUCCUCGUGUCCUACAGCGGGAAUUUGAGGUCAUUUUGACUCCCGAACUCAAGGCUCAGAUCCAGGCUGUCCAAACCAAGCUGGAAAACAUUCGCAGCAUGUUCCAGAACCGGCAGAGUUGUUUCCGGAAGCUGGCAGAUAAGCAAUCCCGGCCCGUCCAACUUGUGACGCCCCGGCCCGAACAAGCAGGCAGAUCCAAAUCGCCACUGUUCUCACCCAGACACGGGAUGGACUUUAAUCCUCCUUUGAAAUUCUCCUUUGAUAUCUCUCUUCCUGGGAAGAAGUCCCGAAAACCUCAGAACUCACGAAAAAUUGAAGUGAUGCAUGAUUACCAAGAGAAGAGAAAUUCCUUGCAGUACAUUAUUUCGGACAGCGAGGCCAACUUGGAUGUGCUUAAAAGCCAUGUCAUAAAUGAGCUAAUAGAGACCGAGAGGGUGUAUGUGGAUGAACUGUUCUCUGUCUUGAUGGGCUACCGAGCAGAGAUGGACAACCCUUCGAUGCUAGUGUACAUGCCACCUGCCCUAAGAGGCAGGAAGGAUAUUCUCUUUGGGAACAUGCCUGAAAUCUACGAAUUCCAUAACACGAUUUUUCUGCAGAGCCUGGAAAGCUGCAUUCGAACACCACAACGUGUGGGAUACUGUUUCCUGGAAAGGCGGAACAAUUUCCAGAUAUAUGAGACGUACUGUCAGAACAAGCCCAGAUCCGAGCUGCUUUGGAGACAAUACUCAGAGAGCGCCUUUUUCGUUGAAUGCCAAAAGAAACUAGAACAUAAGCUUGGUCUGGACUCCUAUCUGCUCAAACCCGUGCAACGCCUGACAAAAUACCAGUUGCUUUUGAAGGAGCUACUCAAGUACAGUGGCAACUGUGAAGGUGUCCAACAGCUCCAGGAAGCUCUCAUUGCAAUGCUGGACUUACUGAAGUCCGUCAAUGAUUCCAUGCAUCAGACCGCCAUUAUUGGCUAUGAGGGUAACCUAAGUGACCUGGGCAAGAUAUUAAUGCAGGGAUCAUUCAGUGUUUGGAUUAGUCAUAGAAAAGGUUCCACCAAAAUGAAGGACUUUGCCCGAUUCAAGCCAAUGCAACGCCACCUUUUCUUGUAUGAAAAAGCUCUUGUGUUCUGUAAGAGGAGAGAUGAACAUGGAGAUGGACAUGACAAAACACCCUUCUAUAGCUUUAAGCACUAUUUGAAAAUGAGUGCCAUUGGAAUCACCGAGAAUGUGAAAGGAGAUAGCCGCAAAUUUGAAAUCUGGUACAGUGGGCGUGAAGAAGUUUACAUUAUGCAGGCCCAGACAAUGGAAUCAAAGGCAGCCUGGUUGAACGAAAUAAGGAAAAUUUUGUUCAAGCAGCAAGAACUUAUGAAAGUUGAAAAGCAGCAGCAGAAACAGGCUGCGGAGCCAGUUCCAAUUGUUUCUCAGCUGACUGACAGAAUGCAGCAGCAAAUGUCCCUAAGCUCUGAAGAGAACGAAUCUGAUCGCACGAGCCCUGUGAUGUUGGAGAAUUUGGCUGUGUCACCCCAGAAUAAAACAAGCAAAAGUUCCUCAAGGACAUCACUGGCUGCGGAACUUGGUGAAAAUCUGGAGGAAUGGACUAACAGUAGCUUACUAUUGCCUUACACAGACACAGAGGAGGAGGAUGGGAGCUAUUUGGUCGACGCGCAUUCUAAACAGAAGAAAAGAAGGUGUGAUUCCGGGGGACAGUUCACAGAAUGUAUUCUGGGACAGUAGGGUUCCGAAGGCCCGAGUUAAAGCAGUGGGCAAGAGAGGUCUGUGGAUCCCAGUUUGACCAGAUCUCUGCCUGAAGAGAGGAGGGAAGAAGAGACGAAGGCUGUGUCCUUGCAAACAGACCAGCGAUCGAUAUGUGUGUUUUUACAGCCGUUUAGAUCAACACGCUUCAAUCAGCCUUUUAUUAAGCAAUAUAGUAUUAACUAAGAAUGUAUGCCAUGGACUUCGGCAAACACCUCCGUGCGUGGGUCACCAACACCUGCCAUAGUUCUUAUGGGACCUUCCUGGGGUGUGGACAUCCAUCUUGACUAGAGAGAAUCAGAGUUGCCUUUUCCAUAACAUCAGCAUUUUAAAUGUAUUCAAAGAGCCAUAAGUCCUGAUCUUGAACUCAGGAGAAAAUUAAUUACAUUAAUUUUAAGCGCAAUUCAAUACGGGGUCUCGGAAAUGAAACAUGUGAUGGGUUCUUAUUUCACCCCAUUCAUCACCAUAACUAAUCAGAGUAGCUUUGCGGGCACAUGAGCACCGUUUUCCCCCUUUUUUCUUUUUUAAUAAAGCUUUUGCUAACAAAGAAAUUUAAAUCCACUUUGGGCCUGUGCUUGCAGAAAAAGGCUUAAUUUGCAAAAGACAAAUCCUUGAUUUUAAGCUCCCAUGUACUUUGGGAAAUGUUAUUUCUUGUUCAUCAUAAUUAGCUUCCAUUGCAAGCACAGUCAGAUUAGUGACAGGCAGGUAGCAUGGUACAGUUACAAGAGUACUGAAUUGGUAACCAGAGGCCCUGGUUUCGAAUCUCCCCUCUGCCACUUAUUAUCUGGCUGACCUUGGGCGAAUCACUUCACAUUUCUGGGUCUCAGUUUCUUCAUCUGUAAAAAGAGGGAAUUGGACUAGACGGCCUCUAACAUUCCUUCCCACUCUUAGUACAUCAGUGCAAGAACUGCUUUUUUUCUUCCAAUGUGCUUUAGAAAAAUAGGCCCAUUGGAACAGUUCAAGCAUCCUGGUGGUGAUCAUCAUUAUCCUGAGCUGUACCAGAUACUUGAAAAUUGAGUGCAGAGGACAUGAUCCCUGCCUACCAGGAGCUUCCAGUCAAAUUUACUAUAGAAUAACAUAUUAGUUCUUAUUUGAGAGGAAGCAUGGGAAGGAGACUCGAGAGCUGGAUUUGGAGAUGGGUGAGGCUUUGGGUUCAGAUCCUGACUCACUGUGUGACUCUGGGCAAGUCACUUUGCCACUCCAAGCCUCGAUUUCCUUAACUCUGAAAUGUGGAUCAGAACAACAGUAAUACUUCCCUCACGGGGUUGCCAUGAGGCUCAGAUGAGAUUAUGUUUGUAAAGCACUUUGCCAACUUUUAAGUGCUAUCGAAAUGCCAGCUGUUGUUCUCAAUACCAGAAGAGAAGGGGAAUUUCCAGUUUCCAUAGCCAAACCAAUGGAUUGAGAUUCUUCACUGAACCAUGGUAGAAUGAGAUUGCAUCACAUGGUCUUCUUGCCUAGGCUUUGCUGCCUCACAGGAAACUGUACCUGACUAUCUGCUCAGUAUUGAAACGCUAGAAUAAAAAGGUUUUUUUGAGUGCAUGUGCUAAGCGGGAUGGGGGUGGGGGGUGGGGGGUGGGAUAUUUUUUAAAUUGCAUUUUUUGAAAAGUCAUUAGAGUAUUUGUAGCCUUCACAUGAUAAUAGAUUAUUUGCACUAAUAUUCAUUCACUUCAACAAGCUUAAUAGCUGGUCUUAAAUGUGAUCUCCAUGCAUGCAGCAUUUUUUGGUGAAGCAUCGAUGAAAUCUGGGCCUAAGACUUAGGCAUCCAGUUUAUUUUGCUUCCAAGCCUCUGUUUCACAAAAUAGAUGCCAUUAAAUAAUGAUGACGGAUGUCAACUGACUAUACAUUUGGAAGGUUGCUGUGGCAGAAGGCAUUCUGGGAAGGAAAAUAAUAGCAUCAUGCUUCAUUACUUUGGAGAUGCUGCUUUGAGUAACACAAGAAAGAUAAAUUCCCCUUGAAUGAAGGGAGUACUAAUUGGAACCUCUUCCCGUCCCUCCUCCUUGCAUUUGGACACUCCCUUUGCAGGCAAGAAUGAACAUUCCUCCCCCUCCAAUGGUAUUACAGAAAAAAUAGCACACUGAUCAUUGUAAUUUCCCUGCCCUGUCCAUGGUACUCACCUCUUCAGCUUUAUCUCUUCGAAGGUAGAAUGGCCCUAAUUCCAACAAUGGGUGCCAGUUCUACUUGGGGAGCUAUCUCUAUUUUCCCAUUGGGAACAAGGGGGGCAUUGUAGGAUUUGGGGAUUUUUGUUAUGCUUUUUUUCAAUAACAUCCAUUCUGGAUUUCAUUUCCCAAAUUGGACAUUGACUCUGCCUAAGUUUCACUUUUAUCAAAACUUUCCCCAUUUCUCUGCCUAGGCACUUGGGAGGAUGGAGGGGUGGGGUGCAGGAAGGAAGAAGUGGUCAUUUUUGUUUGACCAAAAAGAAAAGUGUAGAAUAUUGUUACAUUUUAUGAUUUAUUUUGCAAACAAUGUAAUCCUCAGGACAGCUGGGUAGCUCAGUGGGUUGAGAGCCAAGGCUAGUUCCAAUCUGGUCUCAGAAACUUCCUAGCUGUGUGACCCUGGGCAAGUCACUUAACCCCCAUUGCCUAGCUCUUAUUGGAGCCAAUACAUAAUAUUUAUUCUGAAGGUGAGGGUUUAAAAAAACCAACCCCCCCCAAUGUAAUUUCAUUCUCACUCUGUGGCUCUAAUGCACCAAGUGACCAACUAUCUUGCAAUAAUAUAAGAGCAGCUCUUUUUGCAGUUUGCUUCACCCAGAGUUGUCAGGUCAGCCUUAGGACUUGCCGAAGUUCUAAGACAAAUGGGCAAAUGAUGAGUGAUACAUUUGCUGCCUUGAGCCUGGGAUGUGUGCCACAGCAUCUCUCACAGUUCUCCCCUUUUGCAGGGGAGAUAUCCUUUUCAGCAUCUUUACUUACCUUUGAACUCCAGAGAAAAGCAAUCUAUUAGGAUAAAGGUUUUUUUCACAACCUGUGCUCUGUGUCUUUGAGAUUUCCCCCCUUUUGGGUAACUUAGACUUUUUCCUAUGUAUAAAAAUUCAAUUUCCUGUUUUGAAACCCUUGGGGGCAGUAGCGUGUGAGUGUGUGGUAGCAAAUUUCAGCCAUCUGACUUGCCUUAAAUGUUUUCUAUUGUAGUAGAAAGAUGACUGUUUUGCAGCUCUGUUUUGCUAAGUCCUGAUUUCAGGCUUUUACUGUGAAAGGUGUACAUUUUUCUGUGAUUGUUUCUAUAUGAAGAGAUUGUCAAACACUACAGUGACCCCAGAAUCCAUAGCACAACAGUAGGUUUUUCUCUAUUAUAUUUAACACCAUAGGCCAGGCCUGUGGGGAUUGUACAAUAAUCAGCUGGAUUUUAAUCAAAGAGCCCUAGAAACUUGAUAUUUGUUCACAUUGUUGUCCAAUUGCUGCAAUUCAUCAUGGACAAUUUUUAAAUCGUUCAUUAGUAUUUCGAUAUAUUUUAAAUUUCACUACAGAUUGAAUCUAACUACCAGUGCAAUGAAUUUGUUACAUGUGCCAGUCCUGCAGUUGGAGGACAAACUUAGAUGAUUGUGUUGAUAUAAGACCAGUAUUACUUAGCAUUUAACACACUUGCAUAGAAAACAGGGAUCUUUAUUGGCUCCCAUUGUAGUCGACGUAGAUUAAAAUUCUUUUUAGGGUAUUAUUAGCUUCUACGGAUCAGAAUUUUUCUUCUGUUCCUUUAAAGGUCAACAUUCUAUACUCUUUACCGUUUGAUUUCUAUGUAUUUACAAAUGUAGACACUGUUGAAGUUUGACAAGGUUAGAUGUAAUCAAUAGUAGCAAAGUCACUCCAGUUCAGAAAAUUUAAUUCUGUUGUUAAGAUGCACUUAUUAAAAUUGUUUAUUAUUUUUGGAAAUCAAAAGCUUAAAUAAAUUCAUUCAUACCUAA